GAUUAGCAUCUGGUUCUCUACAGCUCCUCCAAGAGAUCGAAUAUAUCAUUAAGUUUGACAAAGAACAGUUCCUCAUCGUCAUCACUCAAUCAUUGUUGCUCAAUUACAAAACCCUUUUCUCUAAAUCGCCAUCUCCACCUUCGAAACCACACAGAACCAAAAACUAGCUCAGUUAGAAAUGGCAAGCAGAAGAGAGAGAUGCAGCUGGUGCGGUGUGCAGCUACUGGUGCCACCAGAAGCUCAAGCCAUUCGAUGUGCAGUGUGCCAAGCCAUCACCAGAGUUCAAUCCUCCGCCGCCCCUUUAACUCAAGUCCGCGACUCAAUAAACCAGGCAGCUACCCGAAUCAUCAACAUGGUAUCUAGCACUGUGAAUGUUCCGAUCAGUAGUAGCUAUCCCGGGGUGGCGGCGGUGGGAACGGCUGGUUAUAAUUGUUACGUUCAGCCUCCAAGGCCAGUGAUCUAUCCUCUUCCUUCAGUCCAUGGAAGAAAGCGAGCAGUGCUUUGUGGGGUGAGCUAUAGAGGGAAGAGCUAUAAGAUGAAAGGAAGCAUUAAUGAUGUGAAGUGCAUGAGAUAUUUUCUUGUUGAGAAAUUGGGGUUUCCUAAUGACUCCAUACUUAUGCUCACAGAAGAUGAGAUGUGUCCACUGAGGAUCCCAACAAAAGAGAACAUGAGAUUAGCUAUGAGAUGGCUUGUACAAGGUUGUCAACCAGGAGACUCAUUAGUGUUUCACUUCUCUGGACAUGGUUCAAAGGUUCCUGACAAUGACAUGGAUGAGGUUGAUGGGUUUGAUCAAACAUUAUGUCCUCUUGACUAUGAAACUCAAGGAAUGAUAAUUGAUGAUGAAAUCAAUGACACCAUUGUCAGGCCUUUACCUAAAGGAGCUAUGCUUCAUGCCAUUAUUGAUGCUUGCUAUAGUGGAACUAUACUUGAUCUUCCAUUUGUGUGCAAGAUGGACAGGGAAGGAUACUAUACAUGGGAAGAUCAAACAUGUUCACCAGAUACUUACAAAGGCACAAGUGGAGGGCUAGCCCUCUGCUUCAGCGCUUGUAAUGAUAAUCAAACUUCUGUGGAUACUAAUGCAUUGUCAGGAAAUGCUUCAACAGGUGCCCUUACUUACAGCUUUAUCCAAGCAGUGGAAAAUGAACCUGGUUUAAAAUAUGGCCGCUUGCUUAACGCCAUGCGCCAGGCUAUUCGUGGAGCUAAAACUGGUGGAUUACGCCUGAGUGGUCCUAUUGCUUCUCUAAUUAACAGAGCCUUUUUUUAUACAGAGAUUACACAGGAACCUCAAUUGUCUUCGUCCGAGAAAUUUGACAUUUAUUCCAAACAAUUUUUACUGUAAUAUUUGCUUGCUGCAAAUAUUGAUUGAAUUCUUGUAUGGGUUUGAAUCAUUACCCUAAAAAUUAAUUAUUAAUGUAUAGUCUUAUUCCUUUGUGUACAACUUGAAGCUUCAAUGCUUGUGUACAGAAAUCCAGACAACUUUUUCAAUAUCAGCAAAAGAAUAGAAGAGUGAUGGAACUCAAAUAGACUAAAAAGAUGCACCAAAUUUUAGAGGAAGAAAGUAUGGAAAUAUAUGUGAAUGCAAAAUAAUUGUGGGACAAGGGAAGGCAAAAGGAAGAAAGACAGCGAUCAAGAAUCUGGUUCUUGUGGUUCGAGUUUUUGAGGAUUUUAAAGUCAAAAUAGCUAGAGAGAUGGAUAGGAUUCACAUCCACACAUAGCCAUUCAUUUUAUCAUUUAGCUUACAUAUACAUCCUACGAUACAUAGCUUACAUCAUCAAACAUCUAUUGACAUAUGAAUUUCAUAUGCAUAAUUUUAGGUAUACAAAGUUUUCUUUUGAGAAAUAAACUUAAUUUAAUUUCUAAUAUAGAACUAUUUGCAAGACUAAUUUUAAUUCCACAUUCUAUUAGAAAGAAUCUUUUCAAUUUACUGAAUAGGCCAUCACCUCCAAUUUUAUCUAUUAUUCUAAUGAACACAUGGAAACUAACUUUCAGGUUGCAGGCUAAUAUACAAACAUUUUCAAACAACUUCAAUUUCAUAUGACAUCAAAAUAAAACCUGCUUUGAUUCAUAAUGCUGGCAAAUUUUAGAUCCUCAAGUGGAAUAUUCCAAUUAGAUUGGCC